AUGAAGACGCAAACGAGUAGUAAAAAUGUCGUCCAACACGAACGAACGGACUCGUACCAGCGAAUGAAACGCGCGAUGGAAAGUUUCAACAUCGAAGAGAGCAUGCACUCGACGUCUUCACCACUCCACGACGCGGCAGAGGAAGACGACGUGGAAACGAUCGUCGCGUUGAUCACGAUUGGAGCGAACGUGAACGAGACGGACGAUUCCGGGAUGACGCCGUUGACGUACGCCGCGACUUGGGGGAACGCGAAUGCGAUGGCAAUUUUGUUAGAGAACGGAGCAGACGUGAACCAUAAGGAUAAAGUUGGAGACACGGCGUUGCACGAGGUGUGCAGGGGAGACGUGACGGAGAACGAGAGGUACAUCGAGUGCGCGAGAGUUUUGUUGGAGGAUAAGAAUUGCGACGUGGAUGCAAAAAACGAGUUGGGGGCGACGGCGUUACACGUGGCCAGUCACGGGGGGAAUACGGAGAUGAUUGAGCUGUUGUGCGAUUGGGGGGCAUCGGUGACUGGAGAGAAAGCGGAGAUGAAAGGUGGGUAUUCCGCGUUACAUUUAGCCGCGAAGAAUGGGAGUUCGAGCUCGUUGAGCGCGUUGGUCGAUCACGGCGCGGAUAUUCGGUUGGAAUCGAAAGAGCCGAUGGUCGGCGCCGGCGGUGGCGAAGGCGGGUUGAGAAGAAACGAUUCUGCCACGGCUUUAGAUAUUGCCGAGCAGAACGGGCAAACGGAAGCGGCUGGGAUGUUGAAGACGGCCAGUGAACGGGAGUUCGAAAGAGGCGGUCUUUUUGGCGAAGGAAACGCGCCAAGGAAACAACCGAGUUUUUCGGGGAGGAGUAAACAAAGCGAACAGCGGAGUAAAGAUUCAAGCAACGGGGAAGAUUCGACGAGAGAUGGAAAGAAAAUCAUUCGGCCUUCUUCGAGAUUGAGUCAGAAGAAUAUCACGAGGAAAAGGGGCGAUCCAGAUCCCGAUUAUUAUUAA